AUGGACGAGCCUUGCGAGCGCGGUGCCUGCUCGCCAGCCGCCGGCAUGAAGGAAGGAGCGGACUGGGAGUCCUGGGACUUGCCGCUGGGUUUCCUGGACGGCGCCCAGAUGGGCAACAGGAGCAACAUGUCCUUUCUGCAGCUCUUCAAGAACAUCAACCUGGAGCGAGCCGACGGGAUGCAGGGGGACGGCUCCGACGUGAUGCGGAUUGUGAUCUCGCUGGUGUACUCCGUGGUGUGCGCCCUGGGGCUGGUGGGCAACCUGCUGGUGCUCUACCUGAUGAAAAGCAAACAAGGCUGGAGAAAGUCCUCCAUCAACCUCUUUGUGACCAGCCUGGCAGUGACUGACUUCCAGUUUGUGCUGACCUUGCCAUUCUGGGCAGUGGAGAAUGCACUGGACUUCAACUGGCUCUUUGGCAAGGCAAUGUGUAAGAUUGUCUCCUAUGUGACAGCCAUGAAUAUGUAUGCCAGUGUCUUCUUCCUCACUGCCAUGAGUGUGGCUCGAUACCGCUCUGUGGCUUCAGCCUUGAAGAAUCAGCUGCGAGGUGACCCACUGGGAGGCUGCUGCUCUGCCAAGUGGCUUUGUGCACUCAUCUGGCUGUCGGCUAUCCUGGCUUCCCUGCCCCAUGCCAUUUUUUCCACCACUGCCACCGUCUUUGAUGAUGUACUCUGCCUCGUCAAGUUCCCCGAGGGCCGAGGCAGCAAUGCCCAGUUCUGGCUGGGUCUGUACCACAUCCAGAAGGUGCUGCUGGGCUUCGUGGUGCCACUAACCAUCAUCAGCCUCUGCUACUUGCUCCUGGUGCGCUUCAUCAGCGACAAGCAUGUCGGUAGCAGCUGCAGUGGCCCCAGUACCAAGCGCCGCUCCAAGGUGACUAAGUCAGUGUCCAUCGUGGUGCUGUCUUUCUUCUUGUGCUGGCUGCCUAACCAAGCCCUCACAACGUGGGGCAUCCUCAUCAAACUCAACGUUGUGCACUUCAGUACCGAGUACUUCCUCUCCCAAGUGUACCUCUUCCCCAUCAGCGUGUGCCUGGCACACUCCAACAGCUGCCUCAAUCCCAUCCUUUACUGCCUCAUGCGCAGGGAGUUUCGCAAGGCACUGAAGAGCCUCCUCUGGAGGAUCACCUCACCUUCCCUCACCACCAUGCGCCCGUUCACCGACACCACCAAGCCUGAGCAGGAGGAGCAGGCCCUGCACGCCUUGCUGCCUGCCCACCCUGUUGCUGCUUCUUCCCCUGCAGCUACCGUCCAGCCGGAGGUGGCCUACUACCCCCCUGGGGUGGUGAUGUACAGCAGCCGCUAUGACCUGCUGCCUGCUAGCUCCAUGGAGCAGCGCUGCUGA